UUUUAUUUUCGGUUUUGCCCCUCCGUCUUUCUACUUCCCGAGUUUUUCGGCUUAUGUUGCUUUCUGCUUAAUGGAAGGGCCUUAAGCUUUAAUUUGUUUAUUUCUCUGCAUUCCGUACAAUUUCGCCUGCAAUUUUGAAAGCAGUAAUCCACCUUCUCCUCUUUGUUCCUUAACCAACCUUUCUCCGUAAAAGAGGUUGUCUUGAGAAGUUUUGGGUUCUGAUGUCUUCACCGCUGCUGGGCGUGGAGGAGGAAGUGCAGAGUAAUGUUUCUUCUCCCUCUGUUGACUGUGGCUUGGGGUUAAAGGAGCGUAACUAUCUUGGAUUAUCAGAUUGUUCUUCAGUUGACAGCUCUGGUGUCUCAAGUUUGCCAGAUAAUAAUAAGAAUAAUCUGAAUUUGAAGGCUACAGAGCUUAGGCUUGGUCUUCCUGGAUCCCAAUCCCCUAAGAGAGAAACAGAGCUUUGCUUGCUGAAUCUGGGAAAACUUGAUGAGAAGCCACUUCUUCCUCUACUUCCUUCCAAAGAUGGAAUCUGCUCAUCGUCACAGAAAAAUGUUGUUACUGGAAACAAAAGGGGUUUCUCUGACACCAUGGAUGGGUUCUCUGAGGUGAAAGGCUAUGUGUACACACAAAAAAGUUGGAUGCUUCGUGAAGCCGGUUCUGAUUCUGAAUCUCCACAAUCUGUGGGACAUGGAAAAUAUCCUGGUAAUUCAGGGGUUAAUGUGAUUUUGUCAGUAAGAUCUCUUGGAGCUCAAGCAUCUGUAAAGAAAGAAGAACCUGCAAAUGUGUUACAAAAACAACCUCGUGCCACUAAUGGAACCAAUCUCAAGCAAACUGAUAUUGCUAACAACAAAAGCGGUGCACCUGCUUCCAGGGCACAGGUUGUUGGGUGGCCACCAGUAAGAUCAUUUAGGGCUAAAACCCUGGCCUCUUCUUCGAAGAACAAUGAUGAAGUUGAUGGAGAGCCUGGUCCUGCUGCUCUUUUUGUCAAGGUCAGUAUGGACGGUGCUCCUUAUCUGAGGAAGGUUGAUUUGAGCACUUAUUCAACUUACCGGGAACUGUCUUCUGCUCUUGAGAAGAUGUUCAGCUGUUUUACCCUUGGUCAAUGUGGGUCUCAUGGUGCUGCUGGGAAGGAAAUAUUGAGUCAGAGCAAGUUGAAGGAUCUUUUGCAUGUAUCAGAAUAUGUGCUAACAUACAAAGAUAAAGAUGGUGACUGGAUGCUUGUUGGCGAUGUUACUUGGGAGUAAGC